AUGGCGGCUGUAUGGAGUGAGCUUCACCUCAAUGCUUGUUUAGCCUGGCGAGCAGCUCAGUUGGCGGCAGCUGACAUUGACCAGCGAAGCACGGCGCAGCGCGGCGGCCCCUGCGGCAGCGCCAGCAGUGGCGGCAGCGGCCGCCGCAGCAGCAAUGGCAACAGCAGCAGCACCGGCAACAGCAGCAAUGCAGGAGCAGGAGGGAUCGAGAUCGAGGUCAAGGGCCGCCGCGUGCGCGUCAAGGGCCCCCGCGGCGUGCUGCACCGCGAUUUCCGGCACCUGGCGGUCGACAUGUUCCUGGUUGAGGAGGAGGGCGAGAAGAAGCUCAACGUGGACUGCCACUUCGGCAAGAAGAAGCGCCUGGCAGCGAUCCGCACCGCCGUCAGCCACGUGCAGAACAUGAUCACGGGCGUGACCAAGGGCUUUGAGUACAAGAUGCGCCUCGUGUACGCGCAUUUCCCCAUCAACGCCAACAUCGAGAACAAGGGCACGAUCAUCGAGCUGCGCAACUUCCUCGGGGAGAAGCGCGUGCGCGUGGUGAACAUGCUGCCCGGCGUGACGAUCGAGCGGUCGACCGGCGUGAAGGACGAGCUCGUGCUCACGGGCAACGACAUCGAGAACGUCAGCCGCAGCGCCGCGCUCAUCCACCAGGUGUGCCUGGUCAAGAACAAGGACAUCCGCAAGUUCCUGGACGGCGUCUACGUCAGCGAGAGGGGCCUCAUCACCAAGGAGUGA